GGCUCUCCGCCAGUCACCCGCCGGAAGAGGUUUGCAUUCUACAUAGUUCCUAGCCGCUCUUUCUUGCCGGCUUGUCGGUUUCCGGCAUUGCACAUGCUACUCGUCCCGUCCAAACGGGCCGCCUUUGUGGGGCUUUUCCUCGCCAUAUCGCAGGUCCUUGCAGGCCAAGUUCCUGUUCAUAAUGGCGUGAUUGGCGGAGUUCCAGAUCCCUCUACUCGACUCCUUUCCACGGCUGGCGUUUUGGCCGCAACCGGGAGCGGCACAAUCGUCCAGACGACGCCCGGCAAAUUACGCGUCGUUGAGAACAGUGGCAUCUGCGAAACUACCCAAGGUGUUUACCAAGCCUCAGGAUACGGUGAUCUGACCAAAAAUCAGAGCCUAUGGUUUUGGUUCUUCGCCGCCCGGGAAAACCCUGACGCGGCUCCUUUGACGAUAUGGCUCAAUGGCGGUCCUGGGAGCUCCUCCAUGAUUGGGCUUUUCCAAGAGAAUGGGCCAUGCAGGAUUACGAACGACAGCACUGGUGUGACCCUCAAUCCAUUCUCCUGGAACAACGUAUCGAACAUGCUGUACCUUGACCAGCCUGUCGGCACUGGCUUCUCUUAUGGCAACGCAAACGUGUCCACCUCUCCCGAGGCUGCGGCCGACGUCUGGAAGUUUUUGCAAAUGUUUUUCUCCGAUUCGAGAUUUUCCAAGUACCAGAAGAACGACUUUGCCCUUUGGACGGAAUCGUACGGAGGUCACUAUGGUCCUACCAUUGCGUCCUACAUUCUGGACCAGAAUGCUCGCGUUGCAAAUAACACCGUGAAUGGUACCACCAUCAAUCUGAAGUUCCUAGGUAUCGGAGAUGGGUUGACAGAUCCUCUGGCCCAGUACCCCGGAUAUCUCACCUACUCUGCCUCCAACCCGUACCAUCCUUUGGUCUCGGACUCAGUGCUCCAAGAGGCUACAGACGUUUGGAACCGUACGGGAGGCUGCCAGGAUCUGAUUCGACAGUGUUACAGCACGAACACUGACCAGGUCUGCUCUCAAGCGCAAGAGGUUUGCAACAACGGGAUCUUGUCUGCAGCACUCGGGCCUUACGACCCCUACUACGUUCUGAGCACCGAGCCGGACCCCUACCCUCCGGAUCUCACUCCUUAUCUUACGAGUACUGCGUUGAUGGAGAAGAUUGGUGCCGAAUCAACAUGGGUGAUGAGCAGCGACGAUGUGUACUUCAACUUUGCUGAUUCAGGCGACUGGAUGCGCAAUUCACGACCGCUGCUCGAGUCGGUGAUCAAUGCCGGCGUGCGGACUGUUAUCUACGACGGCGAUGCGGAUUACAUUCUCAAUCACGUCGGGGUCGAGGCUAUGGUCGACGCGCUCCAAACGAAGUUUACAGACGAGUACGCCAAGCAAGAGUUUGCAAACUACACAGUGGCCGGCCAGGUCACCGGCAUCUACAAGAAUGCGGGUACUUUCUCAUACGUUCGCAUAUAUGGCGCUGGUCACGAAGUCCCUGCGUAUUCGCACGGUACUCUCGGUGUCGGUCAAGCUGCAUUCCAGGUGUUCUCGCAAAUCAUGAGCAACAGUUCGCUCUCCCCGACGAACUCUUCGGCUAAUGGCACUACUGGAUCCGCUGUCGGGCAACCGAGUUCUCAUCCUAAUUCGUCCCCUCUGGUAUCAUCAUCUCUUUGGGUUGCCCUAGGUUCUCUGUUCUUGGCGAUUGCGAUUGUACCCUUCUAGCCACAGUCACAGUGUCUGAUAAUCUGUUGUUGCAGUAGUAGUAGUAGUAGUCAUCGUUAUGUAUCUCUGGUAGAAGGCCUGUAGACCUAUGACGCAUGAUGCAUCGAUACAAAGUUUGC